AUGGUUUCUGUUCACGCAAGGACACGUGAUGAAAGACCUGUUAUUUUUUUGAACAAAAAAAAUGUACCUGUUGCGAGUAACCCAAAACUAACUAGAGAGCUGAGUAAUUUUCUCGGGACACUUGCAAAGGACAAUGUCUCGCUGACUUAUGUCAACUGGAAAGUGGUUCCUGAACAACUGAAGAAGAAAAUGUGGGACUAUACUCGGGACCAUUAUAUUAUUCCGAACGAAGCUGAGCAUUGGGUUUACGAGACCAUUAAUAGAUGCUGGAGGACUUACAAGUCUCGAAUGAAGACCAAGCACUACACGCAGCAUGCCACUGAUAAGGAAAGGAUGGAAAAUAGGCCCAAGGAUAUUCCGCUCGAGGAUUUUGAAAUGUUGGUGAAGUACUGGGGAGACGAGUCAGUUAAGGUAUUAGCGGAUGAUAACAAAGAUCACUGCUCUUCAUUAACUGACCCACACACUCUAGGUGCCAACAGUAGUGCAAAAGUUGGAGAGAAGUUGAAAAAAGGUGAUCCUAAUCUUGCCUCGCCAUCAAAAGCUGAUAUAUAUCUGGAAUCUCGUGAGCGAGAAGAUGGCCGAAAAUACAAGACUACAGCUGGAUCGAAAAAAAGAUGCAGAAAGAACAAGAAAGUGAUGGAAUCAGAUUCGGCUCCUGCAGACACUUAUUUGGAUGAUUUGACCACAAAGAUCAGGGGAAAACUUGAGGUUGAAUUGGAAGAAAAGGUUUCCAAGAAAGUCCAGGAUAACUUGUCCAUGAUCCUCAAAAAGAUGGCAGAGGCUAAUCCCGGUCUGAAUAUGGACAUCGGAGGAGUUGGUGCUACUAUUGCAAGCGAGGAUGAUGAAAAUGGUACACCAUUCAGUGCCAGGACUGCCGGGACUGCAGGGACUUCCGGGACAGCCGGGACUUCUUAG